GGUUCACGGGAUAGCAAGAUGUCCGCGUUCAUUUGAAAAAGUGUGUUUAUAAUCGAUGACUUCCAUCUUUCUCUCUGUUCGUACGCUGUAUUUCUCAAUGCAACACAUACAAGACACUGGGAUUAUAUAAAGGAAACACGAGGACUCCGAGACAAGGGCCAUACAAUUUGUUAUUAACAGAAAUAAUGCUGAUAUCGGGAACUCAUGUCGAACGUCUAUGAAGAGAGAGCCACAAUGAUAGCCGCUGGGGAACUGCAGUCGUUUGUCCCGUUCGGUCGUGAGCACUGCAAAAACCACCCGAACGCUGUCAACAUCCAGCUGCGACAGCUGCAGCCGGCCUCUGAAUUGUGGUCCUCAGAUGGCGCGGCCGGGCUCGUGGGAUCCCUCCAGGAGGUCACUCUUCACGAGAGCGACAGGGAGUCCUGGCAGCUCAGGAAGGGUGCGGACGGGUCUGAGGAUGAGGUCGAUUACGAGGAGGAGCUGUACGUGGCGGGAAACAUGGUCAUCUGGAGCCGGGGGACCAAAGGCCAAGCCUCCUACGUCUACAAGGCCUUCACCGUGGACAGCCCCGUGCAACAGGCACUGUGGUGCAACUUCAGUGUUCCACAAAGCCAAGGUCAAAAGUGCGCUAAAGACAUUGUGGAGCAUGCGGUGUGCAUUGCGCAGGGCACAUGUGUGAACGUGCACAGUGUGAGUGGAAAAGACUUCAUCGCCCCUCUACCUUUCCAGGUGUCUGCUCUGUGGUCCACCACGUUUGGCCUUCUACUGGAGCGGAAAAACUUGACCUCCGACGCUCCCCUCAGUCCCCCAGGAGAGCCUCUCCCCACCCUCUUCAGCAUGAUGCACCCCUUGGAUGAGAUCGCACCUCUGGUCUGCAGAUCCACAGCCCUGUUGGACAUCCCCCGUAUCCAGUAUGUGUCCGACAGCACCAUGCGGGUGGUGUUCGCCUCCUGCAGCCCCUCCAUCAUCAUGACCUACGACACCGUGCAGUGCAUGCACACCGUCUGGCUGCUGCGCAAAGUCACCGUCGAGGAACAGUCGGUGCUGCUGAAGUGCCCGGAGCCGGGGCCUGGCACGGGUGCGGCCAGCUUCCUGGGCUCUCGGCUGCGUAACGUGUCUCGCCUGGACUCUCCCGCCUCUCCGCUGCAGUGCCCCGCGUUCCACAACACCAGCCGCCUGGGAGCCUCGCCCAGCCUGCACCCCCACCCCCGCUCACACUCUAACCACUCCGCACACUCGCCUGGCAUCUCCAGCAUGGCAGCACUCAGCCGGUCCCAUAACCCUGGCAUAGCGGCUCCGUCGUUCUGCAGUGGCCAGCGUUUCAACACGUCGCUGUACUCCCCGUCGCCGCGCGGCCACAGCCUUCUGGCCUCCCCCAACAGCACCAUGAACGAAACGGCCCCACCUCCCGAGAACGAGCUCAUCAUCCCCGACCUGUGCCUCGAGCAGCUGUGGGCAGAGGCCUCCGCCUCACACAGGGACAUGAGUUGCCAGGCCUCCAAAGUGUUCAUCACCUCAGACCUGUGUGAGAACAGAUACCUGUGCUUCCUCGUCGAGUCCCACCAGGAGCUCAGAUGUGUGAAGUUCUUGGAGAGUAACCAUUCGUCCCAGCUGCUCUUCGCAUCCCUCUCCACCAUACCAGCCAAGGACGCAGCACCCCUAGAGGACCGAGGCUGCAUGCUCGUCCUGGAGGCCAACGGCAGUGUGGUCUUGUACACCGGAAUAACCAGGGUGAGCAAGGUGUUUGUGCCGGGCCUGCUGUCCCCGUCUCUGAACGUGCCCGGCUGCCUGCCCCAGAGAUGCAGCUCGGUGGCCAGUGUCAGUACUCCUGCCAAGCCCUUCCUCAAACACCUGGCACACCUGGAAGAGCAUAUGGGCGUGAUGCCCUCCCCAGUGUCGGAUGGCCAGGGUUCGGCUAAGCACCACGACGCCUCCUGGAUGGACGACUGCAUCUUCCAGCAGGCAGUGCCCCACAUCCACACGCUGAGAGAUGCCGUCAGCAGCAGAGUCACGCUGGAGCUGAGUAACGGCACCAUGCUGAGGAUAACCAUCCCAGAGAUCGCCACCUCAGAGCUGGUUCGCCGGUGCCUGCAGGCUGUCCGCUUCGUCCUGCCCAAGGAGACUGCCAUGAAGGUGCUGGUCAAGUGGUACAACAUCUAUAACGCGCCCGGCGGACCCAGCAUGCACCUGGAGUGGAACCUGUUUGUCACCUGCUUCAUGACACUCAUGGGCUACAACACAGAGCGCCUCACCUGGACACGCAACCUCCACUUUGAAGUGCCCCUUUCCCCCGUCAUCGCAGCCAAGAAGGCCAGACCGGCGGACACGGGCUCAGACGAGGACUGGGAGUACCUGUGCAGCUCAGACUACCACUGGCAGCUGUGUGCCCAGUAUGGGGCGGCCGCGGGGGUGCCAGGCCUGGGCGCGCUACCCCACCCGGCCUCCAGGGAGGAGCAGGUGUCCGUGCUGGGCGUGGACUCGUCGGCGCCGCUCUUCCAGCACAUCCCCUCGCUGUUCGCCGUGCUGCACCUGCUCUACGAGGACCUGAAGCUGGACGACCUGCAGAGGAGCGGGGCCCGGGCCCUGGUGGGACUGCUGCAGCAGAUGGCCAGAGACCUGCUGCUAGAGGACUACAUUGAUCUGUACUGGCGCGAUUACCCCUCAUUCAUCAAGACCUUCCGGGAGUCGUGUGUGAUCGACCAGGCUCAACUGGAGCAGAUGAGCAGGCCAUCCUUCCUCACCCCUGAGCCGCCCUGCGUGUCCAGCUGGCUCAGUGGCUGUCUACGGGGGGAGGACAUGCCGCCAUUCCCCUACCUGCCCGGCAUCUGUGAGCGGACCAAACUACUGGUGCUCAGCUAUGCUCUGUACGUAGCUGGAGAUGCCAAUGCUGUGUCUGACAACGUCUUUAAAUACCUGACCAAGAUCUCUGCAGGCCAGAAGAGGAUGUCGGACACCAUUCCAAUUAUCAGAAGGGAGAGCAUGGUGAGCUUUGAGGCGCCGCAGCAAGGUAACCUGGCUGAGAAGCUAAUGGAGUGGCUCACCUCUGCAGGUUUCACGCUAAAGGAUCUGGAGUCAGUUCCGUUCGGGGCGGCGCUGCCCAUCCGGGAGGCCAUCUACCAGUGCCGUGAGCACCCAUGCUCUGAGUGGUCCGAAGACAUCUGUGCCCUGAUUGGCCGACAGGAUCUGAUCAAACAGGCUCACAAGGUGGCCCUGGCCAAGGGCAAGUCGACGGUGGACCUGGGUGGGCUGGUGCGGGAGUCCCCGGGGGUGGCGAGCGAGACGGCAGAGGAGGAGGAGGACGGCAUGUCGGAUCUGUCACCCGAGGUCACCGCCCUCAUCUGGAGCCAGGACCUGCGCAUACAGGAGGUGAGGCGUCUGCUACAGAGCUCGAGACCUGUACGUGUCAACGUGGCCCAGCUGCCAGAGGUCAGCGACCACGAGUACAUCGAGGAGAAGGAGAACAAGCUCCUGUUGCUAUGCCAACGCACCAUGGCGCUGCCCGUUGGCCGCGGCCUCUUCACGCUCUUCUCCUACCGUCCUGUGCCCACCGAGCCCCUGCCCGUGCCCAAACUCAACCUCACCGGUCGGGCUCCUCCCCGCAACACCAUGGUGGACCUGAGCAGUGGCAACAUCGACGUGCCCCCCAACAUGACGAGCUGGGCCAGCUUCCACAACGGGGUGGCGGCGGGCCUCAAGAUCGGCCCCGCCUCGCAGGUGGAGUCUGCGUGGAUCGCCUACAACAAGCCCAAGAGUGCGGAGCUGGCUAACGAGUACGCCGGCUUCCUCAUGGCCCUGGGCCUCAACGGACACCUCACCAAGCUGGCCACGCUCAACAUACACGACUACCUCACCAAGGGCCAUGAGAUGACUAGUAUCGGCCUGCUGCUGGGCGUGUCGGCGGCUAAGCUGGGCACCAUGGACAUGUCCAUCACGCGCCUGCUCAGCAUCCACAUCCCCGCGCUGCUGCCCCCUACCUCCACGGAGCUGGACGUGCCGCACAGCGUGCAGGUGGCCGCUGUGGUGGGCAUCGGCCUCGUGUACCAGGGCACUGGGCACCGCCACAACGCAGAGGUGCUGCUCGAGGAGAUCGGUCGUCCCCCGGGUCCAGAGAUGGAGUAUUGCACAGACAGAGAGUCCUACUCACUGGCAGCUGGCCUCGCUCUGGGCAUGGUGUGUCUCGGGCAUGGGAGUAACCUGAUCGGCAUGACGGAUCUGAAUGUUCCGGAACAGCUGUAUCAGUACAUGGUGGGCGGUCAUCGCCGCACGCACGCCGGCAUCAACCGGGAGCGGCACAAGUCCCCCAGCUACCAGAUCAAGGAAGGUGACACCAUCAAUGUGGAUGUGACCUGCCCAGGGGCCACACUGGCCCUAGCCAUGAUCUACUUGAAAACCAAUAACAGGUCUAUAGCUGAUUGGCUGAAGGCUCCUGACACCAUGUUCCUGCUGGACUUCAUCAAGCCGGAGUUCCUGCUUCUGAGGACCUUAGCCAGGUGCAUCAUUAUGUGGGAUGAGAUUCUGCCCAAUGCAGAGUGGGUGAACAGCAACGUGCCCCAGAUUAUCCAGGAAAACCUCUGGACGGGGGAGGAAGUGCAGGUCUCUCAGGACCUCAACAUGGAGACCUUGGCACAAGCAAAUGACUACAUCAUCGCUGGGGCCUGCAUGGCAGUGGGCUUCAGGUUCGCUGGCUCUGCUAACUCUGACGCCUUUGACUGUUUGUACAAGUUUGCCAGGGUCUUCAUGCAGUUGCUGUCGGCCUCUGCUCCGAUCACGGGCCACUAUAACGUCCAGACGUGCCUGAGCAUGGUGCUGCUGUCCCUGGCCAUGGUGAUGUCCGGCUCGGGGGACCUGAAGGUGCUGCAGCUGUGUCGCUUCCUGCACAAGCGUGUAGGAGGGGAGAUGAACUACGGCUUUCACAUGGCACACCACAUCGCACUGGGACUGCUGUUCCUAGGAGGAGGGAGGUACACCCUCAGCACCUCCAACUCUGCCAUCGCCGCUCUGCUGUGUGCACUCUACCCCCAUUUCCCCGUCCACAGCACUGACAACCGCUACCAUCUCCAAGCUCUGCGUCACCUGGUGGUGCUGGCUGCGGAGCCUCGGCUGCUGGUGCCUGUGGAUGUGGACACUCUGAAGCCCUGUCACGCCCUGCUGGACGUCACAUACAAGGGCACUAAAUGGUAUGAAGAAGUGACAGUCGAGUUGAUGGCUCCGACUUUAUUACCAGAGCUUCACCUUCUGAAAGAGGUCAGAGUGAAGGGCCCUCGCUACUGGGAGCUGUCCAUUGACAUGAGCAAAGGAACUCAGCAUCUACAAUCCAUCCUGUCCAGAGACGGCGUUCUGUAUGUGAAGCUGCGGGCGGGACAGGUGCCAUACAAGGACGACCCACUGGGCCUCAACCUCACGCUCAAACCUGAUGUCAACUCAUUUAAGCCUGAGGCCAUCUCAGCCUUCACCUCGGAUGCGGCCUUGCUCUCCUUCGCUGAGUACUUUUGCCAAGUCACCACGGACAACGCUGCCAAACAUAAGAAGGCCUUGUACUCUGCCAUCCUGUAUGAGUGUGUCACCCAGGAGAAACCAGAGAUGCUGCCCACGUAUAUGGCCAUCGAUCAGGCGGUGCGGUGUGUGGAGCGUGGGGAGGUGGGGGAGACGUUUGGGCUGGCCCAGCUGAAGCUGUUGCAGGAGGUGUGUGGCAGCCGCGUGUUGCAGAGACGCUACGCUACGCCCCCUCGCCCCAUCGCCACGACAACCACCGCCUCCACGCCUCUACAGGUCACGCCCACCAGGAACAGGAAGUGCGGCGGUCUGCUGCUCCACUCGGAGCUCCUGCCCGUCAUGAAGAGCGCCGCGGACUCCGCCCUAGACCGCUGGUUGGCUGGCAACAGCCACGUGUUGCUGGGCUACAUGAGUGGGCAGCCCCAGGAGGAGGACUCUGACACCAACAUGCUGGCCUGCUUCCUUACCUACCACUCCUUCCCCAACCUUCGCAAGACCAGCUCCGCACACCUGCAAGACUCUGCGUCCUUCCCGGAGUUGAUGGUGAGGUGUCGUCAGCUGGGUGUGUCUAUGAGGGCCGUGCUCAGUCUUAGCCCUCUGCUGCUCCCCACCACGGGAGCCGGGAUGCCACUGCACAUCAAGUAGCCCCUCUCCUACCUGCCGGAUCCGGGAUGCCACCACAUGCCCUGCCGGAGCGGGAAUGCAACCACACAUCAAGCGACCCCUCCCCUCUCCUAUUGCCACCACACAUCAAGAGACCCAUCUCCUCUCCUCUCCUUCCUGACGCGACAC